AUGGACGUUACGUGUAAUCUGCCUCGGUCAAAUUUGUUUUAUGGGGGUGAAGUUGCUGGUUGUAGGGGACUCGGACCACGGAAAUACAGGCAUUUCCGCUGCAAUUUCUUUGGAGAUUCAAGACUUUUCUCAAAAGCAAAAUCACCGAAAAAGUUGAAGACAAAAGGUUCACAUUCCUAUAGUUCAUUCAUUCCAAGUACUCUCAAUGAAAGCAGUCUCCUGUUUUUGUGUUGUAGCUUUAAUGGUUCUUCCUUUAAAGAAACUGGCGGUAUUCCUAAAAUUUCGAAGCAUGUGGUCCCGUUGCGGUGUCAGGGAAAUGAUUCUCUAGCUUAUGUAAAUGGAAAUGGCAAAGAUGCAGAAUCCAUUGAGUCUGGUGACAAUGCCCUUGAUUCUACUGCCUAUGGGGAAAGAUCAUCUGAGGAUGAAGGACUCGAGACUCCUGGUUUGGAUGAAUUGAGGGAAUUGGUGCAGAAGGCGUUAAAAGAUUUAGACAUUGCACGUCUAAGCAGUACAAUGUUUGAGGAAAAAGCCCAGAAUAUAUCAGAAGCUGCUAUAGCAUUGAAGGAUGAAGCUAAGAAUGCUUGGGAUAAUGUAAAUACUGCCGUUGGUAAUAUCCAAGAGAUUGUAAAUGAAGAGGCUAUAGCCAAAGAAGCCGUACAGGAAGCAACAAUGGCUCUCUCUUUGGCUGAGGCUAGACUUCAAGUCACUGUUGAUUCACUAAGACUUGCAAAAGAAACCAAUGGGUCUACUAAAGCUUCUACAGAAAGUGAUCCCGACUAUGGAAGUGGAGAAGAAGAGUCAACUCAGUCAAGUGAAGAGGAAACACUUUUGGCUGUCCAGCAGGGCAUAAUAGAAUCUCAACAACAUCUUGCGAAUUGCGAGGCUGAGCUCAGAAGGGUGCAGAGCAGAAAAGAAGAACUGCAAAAGGAAUUGGAAAGGUUGAAUUUAGUGGCAGAACAAGCACAAUUUAGUGCUUCUAAAGCUGAGGAAGAUGUGGCAAACAUAAUGCUUUUAGCAGAGCAAGCUGUGGCCCAUGAGCUCAAGGCUGCACAGCGCGUUGAUGAUGCUGAAAUUGCUUUGCAGAGGGCUGAAAAAAACCUUGCUCUUUCCAGUAUAGGUACGACAGAUUCUGGAGUUGAGGGAAUCAGUGAUGGGGAGGUGUCUCAAGGAAAUUCGGCAGAUGGUGUUGUGACAGACAAGGAAUUUCCAUCUGACGCAGGCUCAGUUGAACCUUCGACUGGUGUCCAGUUGGAUGAAAAAGGUUUGUUGGAGGAGAGUGAGAUGGAGAAUGGAAAGUUAUCUGUGGAGGCUGAUGCAGAUGCAGAUGCAGAGAAGUUAAAAACUAUUCAGAGUAGGAUACAGGAAAUGCAGAAGGAAUCGACAAAGGAAAGUUCACCAUUAGCUGCUCCAAAGGCAUUACUGAAGAAGUCAUCCCGGUUCUUCUCUGCUUCUUUCUUCUCUUUUGAUGCAGAUGAGGAAGAGUUUACACCAGGUUCUGUUUUUCGUGGUCUUGUGGAGUCUGCUAAAAAGCAGUUGCCUAGGCUGGUAUUCGCGUCACUACUUUUAGGAGCAGGAAUUGCUUUCUAUCUAAAACGGCGUGAAAGGUUUCAUCAACUAUUCCAUCAGCCUGAUAUUAUAUCCACUAGUAUUGAUGAAGUAUCAACUAGUGCAAAGCCUCUUGUUAAACAAAUACGAAAACUUCCUGCCAAAGUGAAGAAACUAAUGGAGAUGAUUCCCCACCAAGAGGUAAACGAGGAGGAAGCGUCCUUGUUGGACAUGCUCUGGUUACUGCUUGCUAGUGUCAUAUUUGUGCCUAUUUUUCAGAAAAUACCUGGAGGCAGUCCUGUUCUUGGAUAUUUGGCUGCUGGAAUUUUAAUUGGACCUUAUGGCCUCUCUAUUAUUCGCAAUGUACAUGGAACUAAGGCCAUUGCUGAAUUUGGGGUCGUUUUCUUGCUAUUUAAUAUUGGACUUGAGCUCUCUGUUGAAAGACUAAGUUCCAUGAAGAAAUAUGUGUUUGGUUUGGGCUCUGCUCAGGUCUUGGUGACAGCUGUUGUUGUAGGCUUGCUUGCUCAUUAUGCUGCUGGGCUGGCGGGUCCUGCCUCAAUUGUCAUUGGCAAUGGGCUUGCAUUAUCUUCAACUGCGGUUGUCCUUCAGGUAUUGCAGGAACGUGGUGAGAGUACAUCACGCCAUGGGCGAGCUACAUUUUCUGUGUUACUCUUUCAGGAUUUGGCUGUCGUGGUUUUGCUUAUACUGAUACCCCUUGUUUCACCUACUUCAUCUAAAGGAGGGGUGGGUUUCCAAGCCAUCGCCGAAGCUCUUGGGUUGGCUGCUGUGAAGGCUGUUGUUGCCAUCUCAGCCAUAAUAGCUGGUGGACGUUUGCUGCUUCGUCCAAUUUAUAAGCAAAUUGCUGAAAAUCAGAAUGCAGAAAUAUUUUCUGCAAAUACUCUUCUUGUUAUCCUAGGUACUAGUCUUCUAACUGCCAGGGCUGGCCUUUCCAUGGCUUUAGGAGCAUUUUUGGCUGGCUUGCUUUUAGCAGAAACAGAAUUCUCAUUGCAGGUUGAAUCUGAUAUUGCUCCAUAUCGUGGACUUCUGUUAGGUCUCUUCUUUAUGACGGUUGGGAUGUCUAUUGAUCCGAAACUUCUACUUUCAAAUUUCCCAGUAAUCUCAGGGACAUUAGGGCUCCUUCUUGCUGGCAAGACUAUUUUGAUUGCUCUUGUUGGCAGACUUUUUGGUAUUUCAAUGGUAUCGGCGAUAAGAGUUGGUCUUUUACUUGCACCGGGUGGAGAAUUUGCUUUUGUAGCUUUUGGGGAAGCUGUUAACCAGGGUAUAAUGUCCUCACAGUUGUCAUCACUUCUUUUUCUUGUGGUUGGGAUUUCGAUGGCUCUCACUCCAUGGUUAGCUGCUGGAGGCCAAUUAAUAGCAUCUCGGUUUGAGCUACAUGAUGUUCGAAGUCUGUUACCUGUUGAAAGUGAGACGGAUGAUUUGCAAGAUCACAUAAUUAUAUGUGGUUUUGGACGCGUUGGGCAGAUUAUCGCCCAGCUUCUCUCUGAACGACUGAUCCCAUUUGUUGCCCUUGAUGUCAGGAGCGAUCGAGUUGCAAUUGGACGUUCACUUGACCUGCCUGUGUACUUUGGUGAUGCCGGUAGUCGAGAGGUCCUCCAUAAAGUUGGUGCCGAAAGAGCAUGUGCAGCAGCAGUAACUCUAGAUAGUCCUGGAGCAAAUUACAGAGCUGUUUGGGCUUUAAGCAAGUAUUUCCCCAAUGUCAAAACAUAUGUCCGUGCUCAUGAUGUUGAUCAUGGCCUCAAUUUAGAGAAGGCUGGGGCAACAGCAGUUGUUCCUGAGACUUUGGAGCCUAGUUUACAAUUGGCAGCUGCUGUCCUUGCACAAGCUAAACUGCCCAUGUCAGAGAUAGCAGCUACUAUUAAUGAGUUCAGAUCCCGCCAUCUGUCUGAGCUUACUGAGCUCUCUGAAGCCAGUGGAAGCUCACUCGGCUAUGGAUUCUCGCGAAUUAUGACCAAACCUAAAUCUCAGCCAUCGGAUUCUUCAGACGACCAUUUGCCUGAAGGAUCUCUGGUAAUGUGA